AUGGUACGGCGACCAUGUGUUCUAGUCUCGCAGCAACAAUCAAAAGGUGGAGUCGUUGUUGUUGUUGCAAGUCCUUUUUCUGUUGUUAGUGACGUUGUUGAAGACGUUGACGUUGAAGAAGAUGUUGAAGUUGAAGUAGACGUUGACGUUGAAGUAGAGGUGGAAGAAGAUGUUGACGUUGAAGUAGAUGUUGAAGUAGAUGUUGAAGUAGACGUUGACGUUGAAGUAGAUGUUGAAGUAGAUGUUGAAGUAGACGUUGACGUUGAAGUAGAUGUUGAAGAAGAUGUUGACGUUGAAGUAGAUGUUGAAGUAGAUGUUGACGUUGAAGAAGAUGUUGAAGUUGAAGUAGACGUGGAGGUCGAAGUUGUUAAAGUUGUACUAGUAGUUGUUGUCUGA